AUGGCGAUAUCGGUGUUUGUGGAUCUUGGUGAUACAGCAGACCCUCGGGUUUACAACUCGAUUUCUUCGAAAAUGAGUUGGUGUAAAAUCAACUUUCAUAUGGCUGGAAGUAUGGAAGAAAUAGACGGAAAAAGCUAUUACAUUAAUGGAUUUGUGGAGGAAGGUGUUAUGGUUGAUAUGAAUAUUAUGUCUUGGAGUUUUGUGGAAGAUUUUGUUAAAUCUCAUAACAUAAGUGGUGCACUCAAAGACGUAUGGUUUAAAUUACCAUAUGAGAGUUUGGAUGAGAAGAGACAUGUGGUGCAAGGAUGUGGGGAUAAUGACAUGAAGUUAAUGUUUGAAAUGGCAACCUUUUGUGGGGAGUUAGAUGUAUACAUAGACCACCAUAUAUCUCAGCCCACUCCAGUCAAGCAAAGGGUAGAUAGGGAAUAUGAAAGUAGUGAUGAUGAUUUUGUUGAAGUUCCUGUUGUUGAUGAAGUUGAUGUUGUUGAAGAUGAAGAGGUGAAUUGGAGUGAGGAUUAUUUAGAUAGUGAUGAUCAUAUCCCCCUCACACCUGAAGGAACUGAUGAAGAAUGGGAUAAUUUUGACAAGCCCAAGACAAAGAUUCCGACAACAUUCCCGAGUAACGAGUUCUUGUAUCUUGGUAAAACUUUCAAUUCGGGUGAAGAAUUUAAGAAGACAUUGUUUGACUAUGUGAUCAAUAAAAACUUCAACGUGAAGUUGUCCAGGUGGGAUCGAACAAAAUUGGCCGCAGUGUGUUGUAACGUGGGCUGUCCAUGGAGGAUUUAUUGUUCGGUUGAGGUCCCAAUCAAUAAAUGGAUGAUCAAGAUCUAUAAAGACGAUCACAACCACAUUGCGGAGAAGUUUGCUAAUCUGCUAACGAUGAGGCAAAUAGCAAACUUGUACGUUGAGAAGAUUAGGGCUGAUCCGAGUUUUAAGGGAAAAAAGAUACAGGAUGAGAUACAACGGGAUCAUAAUUUGACUGUCUCGCUUACCAAGUGUUUCAAGGCUAGAAGUUUGGCCUUGAAAGUUGUUAGGGAAGAUCAAGAAGUCCAAUUUAGGAAAUGGUGGGCCUUCGAGUUACAGCUGCAACGUUCAAACCCCAAUACGAGUACUGAAAUCGGAACAAACGCAGCUUCGGGGCAGCAGGUGUUUCACAGAUUCUACGUAUGCUUCGAUGUCCUACGAGAGUCAUGGAAAAGACAUUGUCGUCCGGUUAUCGGGUUAGAUGGAUGUUUCUUGAAGUGGGACUUUAAAGGGGAACUUCUUUCUGCAGUAGGUAGAGAUGCCAAUGACGGUAUUUAUCCAAUUGCUUGGGCUGUUGUGCGUAUCGAAGACACCGACAAUUGGACUUGGUUUGUUCGGAAAUUGAGGUUAGAUUUACGUUUGGGCGAUGGUGAAAAGUUGACCAUUUUGUCUGACAAGCAGAAGGGUUUGGUGAAUGCCAUCGAAGGACAGUUACCUUUUGCUGAGCAUAGGAUGUGCACACGACAUGUAUUUGCGAAUUGGAAGAAACAAUUCAAGGACCUAGAACUGAAACUUCUGUUUUGGAAGGCUGCCAAGAGCUACCUAGAAAGUGAGUUUCGUCAAUAUGUACGUGAUAUCCGAAUGUAUAACCCUUUGGCUUAUGAUGGUUUUAUGAGGGCCCAACCGAAGAAAUGGUGUCGUGCAUUUUUUAACCCGGACACUAAAUGUCAUGACGUUAACAACAACUUAUCGGAGAGCUUCAAUGGGUCCAUCAAAGAAGCGCGUAGCCGUCCCAUGAUUGAUAUGCUUGAAGAUAUUCGAAGGAGUACGAUGCGGAGGAUAGCGCGACGUGCAAGUCAAUCAGAAAGGUGCAAAACAGAGUUUCCUCCGAGAAUCAUGAAAGCUUUAGAGAAGUCUCGUGAGAAAUCUCGUCAUUGUUACAUCAUUCGGAGUGGACACGGAAAAUAUGAGGUGUCUGAGUUUGGGGUUAGUUAUGCGGUUGAUUUGCCUGCAAGAACGUGUGGUUGUCGUCGAUGGCAGUUGAAAGGUAUCCCUUGCCAGCAUUCCUUAGCUGUCAUAAAAGUCAAUCGAGAAAACCUUUCAAGGUAUAUGUCUCAUUACCUUCUGACAUCCACAUGGCGAUCAAUUUAUGAACAUAACAUAUUACCCGUAAAUGGUGAGCCGGCUUGGGCGAGAUCAGACAGACCUCCAAUUGGUGUCCCUACCACCAAAAGAAUGACCGGGCGACCCAAAAAACACAAAAGAAUCAAAGAGCCUCAAGAGUCAACAUCAAAGAGCGGUCACAUGACCCGACAUGGAAGAGUUUUCCGAUGCAGACUCUGCAAACAACCUGGUCAUAAUGCAAAGACGUGCAAGAAUGAACCAAGACCAUCGAGUAGCAAUGCACAAUCGGCCAGCAAUACACCUUCGAGUAGCAAUGCACAAUCAAGUAACUCUGUUCAAGGUGCUUCCAUACCCACUCAAUCGAGUCAGACAAUGCAGUCCGGGCUUCCUCUCACUAGUAGACGUCGUCGUCUCCUUGGAAUGGUACCAAGCAAUGUCAGGAUUACAACAACUCCUCCACAGUCUUUUUCAAUACCAAGGCAAGCUGAUAUGUCACAUGCUAGUUCUAAUGUUCGAUCAGGAAAACAAGUACAAGGAGAUUGA